AUUGCACAGGAAGGGAGACGAGGACUAGUCAGCUGCAUUGCUGCGACCUGCCGAAAAAAUUGAGCAAAGCCAAGCACCCUGGCUUCUUAGAUUUCUAAGCUGGCAUGCAAUGCCGAUGACAUACUUUCUAUCAAGGGGACCUACUCUUUUGGGAUUCUUAGGAUUCAAGUAUCCUUCACUGGUCACUUUAAUGGUAUGAAAGGAAGAAAAGGGGGGGAAAUACAGAUAGAGGGGGGGAAAAGGCCACUGAAUGAGGUAGGGCAGAAUGGGACUCCAAUCUAAGGUUGCCUUAAUGGCCCAAGAACUAUUCAGCUCUGCGAUUGUGAGGUGGAAUUUGCUGUACCAUCAAUUCAGCCAGCCCAAUUUGGUCUUCUACUGCUCCACAGGGAUGAGUGAAUGAUCAUGUGAAACUUUUGUGUGCCUUACCACCACCAGGUCCACGAGUAACAUCCCUUUAGGAGGAGGGGCAGGACUGGAGGAGGAAAGAUGGCUAUAAAUAUAUAUGGUGCGUGAUGAAGAGGGGGGGUCAUCUUGUGCUGAAAGCAAAGCCUGGCUGGCUGGAAAGAGGUGGGGAAGCUGACGAUGAAGAGGCUGCUGAUCGUGCGAAGGUGCGAGCCGAUCGUGCGGUUCAGCUGCUGCAGCGUGCGCUACGGGGAGUGCCGUCGGAACCAUGCGGCGAGCACCGGAGGCUACGCCAUCGACGGGUGCCGGGAGUUCAUCGCUGAAGGGGUGGAGGGCACCGGUGCCGCUCUCAAGUGCGCGGCCUGCGGUUGCCACCGCAGCUUCCACCGCAGGGUGCAGGUCUACGAGGUUGCAUGGGACUACGGAUCCGACACAUCAUCGACCGAGUAGAGAGGUGCUGCAAUCUUGGAGUCCUCCUCCUGCUGUUCUGCAAUGGCAAAUGCCCAACCAUUCGUCCCCUUCCCAUGUGUCUCCGACGGCAAGCUGCCCGGUGCUUGUUUAGGACCCUUGUGAUUCUUUGUAACUUGGAGCUCAAAUUUAUCUACUUAUUCUUUCACUCUGAACCUUUCUGUGGCACCUGGUUUCCUGAGAUUUGUGUUCUUCCUCCCCUCUGGGGAUCCACAGUGACAAUAGUAGUAUCUUUGCUGGCUACUGUGUGUGAAUGAAUGCAGUUUUCGUCA